UCCAACCCCAUGUCUUCCAGAGUCAAAAAGGGAUGGUGACCGCUGUGUUCAGUCGACGGUCGAGGUAAUGAACAGUUCAUCUCAAGGUGUGAAAGAGGAGUUCCGGAAGACAGUCUACAGACAUUUUCAGGACUUGCAGAGUCGUGACCUUGUGCCUAAUGAGGCGGCGACACUUGCAUUCAAGCUCGCAUCUGGGGCAGUGGAAGAGCCACCCGACUUGACCUCUUUAUUGGAUUGCCUGUCCAAGGUGAAACUCACUGAUCAGAUGAUGGGAGAUGCUAUCCACCUCAUUGGUGCAACAUUCUCGUCAUUGGACACUCUGCACAUGAGCUUCCUUCCAAAGCACAGCAUCCAGAAAACGGAAGAAGAGAGUUCACAAAGGUGUGCAGAGAAGGUUUCUGCUCCAGCAUUGGGGGUUGAUUUCGUAUCCCUGAGGGCAGUCUAUGAAGCAGUUCUGGCCUUGGAAAGUCAACAGGUGGUUGAUGCUCUGAUGCUGUCAAUAGACAAACUUCUUGCGGAGAUGCGCCUGGCCAUUGAUGCGCUAUCUUCUUCAUCAGCAGCCGGUGAGUUCGAGCACAUGGUUGCUGUGAUACAGCAGUUCAUUACAAUCCAUCUCUACAAAGCGCUUCAAAUUGAUGAACCAGUAGAGAUGGCGACGAAGGUUUUGGCUCUUUUGGACAGUGCCAAUGAAAGGAGUCGGAUUGCAAAGCACGCAAUUUUCUAUAAUGAUGCAGUGAACAACGACGAGUUCAACAUCAAGGAGGAUUUCCGAAGAUUCAAGCAUCCAGAAAGGUACACUUUCUCAUUCUGUAAGUACCCUUUCAUUUAUGACCCAUCCAGCAAGAGCCUCUUGCUGCAGAUGGAGUCACAGGAGUUGAUGAACGAGGAGUUUGAGGGAGCAAUCCUGCAAUCAAUCUUUGUGGAAGCGACAUGCCCAUACUUGGUCCUGACAGUGAGACGUUCACACCUCGUUCAAGACACGUUGGAACAGAUUCAAGAUUCCAUCGAUCUGAAAAAGAAGCUGAAGGUUAAGUUUUUGGGGGAGGAGGGUGUUGAUGAGGGUGAGGUGCAGAAGGAGUUCUUUCAGUUGAUAGUAAGGGACAUUUUUUACCACGGGAUGUUCACGUAUGAUGAGCAAACGCGCCUGUACUGGUUCAGCGCUGGAGACUCCAUGGACUUGUUGUUCAUGGAGUAUGAGCUCAUUGGGGUCAUCAUAGGGCUGGCCAUGUACAAUUGACACAUAUUAGAGUUCCGAUUCCCGAAUGUCGUUUACAAGAAGUUGAUGGGGAAGCCUGUAACAUUUGACGAUC